AUGAAGCACUGCAAAGACAUACCAGCUUACCACGACGAUGGGAAAACCUGCACACUGGUUCCCCUCAACAGUUGGUGUCCAAAUGAGUUUGUCCCUGCCGUGGUUGGAGAAACCACAGACGCUUGUGUCAACUGGAACGCGUACUACAACGUGUGCCGGGCAGGGGACCACAACCCACAUAUGGGCGCAAUCAACUUUGACAACAUCGGCUAUGCCUGGAUAACCGUUUUUCAGGUUAUGACCCUUAAAGGAUGGACGAACAUCAUGGGGUACUUCAUGGACUCCUCUUCCUUCUGGAGUUUCAGCUACUUUUUAGUUGCCACCAUUCUGGGCACCACCUUCAUCGUGAAUGUGUGUGGAGUCAUCAUUGCCAGUCACUUCUCGGAGAUCAUGGAAAGAGACAGAGGGGAGCAAGAUGCUGAUGCUGUGUCCAUCAAAAACCUGUUUUCCAAGGUGACCUCGUGGCUGAGCAGAGCAUUUCACUGCCUCAUCAGGUGCCAGGACAGGGUGUUCCCCGCUGGCAUCCCGAUGGAGACAAAUGGCACACAGAUCUUGAAGGAUUGCCAAAGAAAACUGAAAGUGGCAGUUCACAGUGACCUCUUCAAACACGGGAUCAUGGUUGCUGUUCUCCUCAAUGUUAUCACCAUGGCCAUAGAGUACCAUGAGCAGCCCAAGGAGUUGACAAUCGUGUUGCAAUACAGCAGCAUAUGUUUCACCGUUCUGUUUUUCCUGGAGAUGAUUCUAAAGCUGCUGGCUCUCUCACUGGCGUACUUUGAGGACCGAGACAACAUCUUUGAGUUUGUCCUUGUCAUCAUCAGUUUGUGUCAAGCAGCUCCCCAGCUGUCAGGUGUGCAAGCACUUCUCGUGCUGCGGUUUUGGAGGCUUGUUUUCUUUAUCCCAUACCUGCGGAGAGAGCUGAUGGUCUUGAUGAGGACUGCUGAAAAGUCAACUGCGCUCUGCUGGCUGAUGCUGAUUUUCCUUUUCCUUUUCGGUGUACCGGGGAUGCACCUCUUCGGCUGGAGGUCCAUACCAGGAUAUUCACAAAUCAUUGGUGGCAGAAAAUACUUUGACACCCUACUCCAGUCCAUGGUCACUGUGUUCCAGAUUCUGACCUUGGAGGAGUGGCAUAAGGUGGCCUACAUUUCAAUGGCUUCCACCUCUGCAUGGGCUAUGCUGUACUUUGCUGUCAUCAUUUUAAUUGGACACCAUGUUCUCCUCAAUGUCUUCGGAGGCAUAGUGCUUCAAUGCUACCAGGCUAUGCAACUUGAAAGAGCUGCGCAGGAGGCCACUGAACAGCAACCAGCAGACCCCACAAGACCUGAACAAGACAAUCCUGAGCCCACGAGUGUGGAAGAGACUGUGCCAGCAGAUGACAAUGCAUCUCUGAGCUUGACCCAGAGAGUGCGCCGCUGGUGCAGAGAGCGUGAAGACUGGUCACUGUACUUGUUCUCGCCACAGAACCGGUUCCGUGUGUUUUGCCAGUGGCUGAUCUCACACACCAUGUUUGACAUCAUAGUUUUGCUCUUCAUUUCAUUGAGCUGCAUCACUGUUGUUAUGGAGAGGCCUGCUAUCCACCCUGACAGCAUGGAAAGAUGGAUCCUUCAAAUAUCCACUUACAUAUUCUCCGCUGUCUUCUUGGUAGAGAUGUUUGUGAAGGUUGUAGCUCUGGGUUUGCUGAUUGGGAGAGAAAGCUACUGCCGCUCGGCGUGGAACGUCAUCGAUGGUGUGUUGGUGAUAACAUCUUUCAUCCACAUCUUAAUCGAAGUGCUCACACCUGACAACAGCAACAUGCUGACCGUCCUCACAGUUUUCCGCCUGGUGCGCACACUUCGCCUACUGAGGGCACUCAGCCGAGUCCCAAAACUAAAGCAGACCAUGGAAGCUCUGAUGACCUCAUUUAAACCCUUGGGGAACAUCACUCUCAUUUGCUGCAUCAUCUUCCUCUUCUAUGGCAUCUUUGGGCUGCAGUUGUUCAAAGGGAAAUUCUACCACUGUGUGGGCCAUGACCUAAGAAACAUCACCAACAAGACUGACUGUCUGGCAGCCAACUACAGCUGGGUAGGGAAGCAGCUCAACUUCGACAACCUCCUUCAGGCUGUGUUGUCCGUGUUUGUGAUGUUCACCAAGGAUGGCUGGGUGAACAUCAUGUAUGAUGGGCUAGAUGCUGUAGGAGUAGACCAACAGCCUGUGCAGAACUACAACGAGUGGAUGCUUCUUUACUUCAUCCCUUUCAUGGUGAUGAGCUAUUUCCUUUUGAACAUGUUCAUUGGCAUAUCGGUGGAGACCUUCCAAAAGUGUCAACGGGAGCAAAGACAAGUAGCUCCGGAGAGGGAAGAAGAAGCACAAGACCAGCACGCUGGUAAGAAGAGUGGAGAGGCUAGUUUGUGUGAAAAAGAAAGGCUAGUUAAGCCACAGAAGCAUUGA